UAUAUCUUCCAACAAAAUACAAUACACAUAAACUUUUUGUAAUUCGUAACAUUUGGUGCGGAGUGAUUUCAUACUCAAAUAACAUUUCUGUUUCUGAGUUUGGAUUGUGGAAGAUAAGGUUGUCUUGUUAAAUAUAUGUCGGUUCUGUCUUUUCUUUGUUUGUGGAUCUCCUUUUAUAUGUUUUAAGUGAUUCUUUAAUUGUGUUUUUUGUGAUAUAUAGAACUAGUUAAAGUUCCAUUUAUUACAUAUAACAUGCAAAAUCGAAAUUUGUUAUUUUUUGUCAUUAGAAGGUAAAAUUUUCCUUUUUCUGAAUCUUUAUACAAGUAACAAAGAACAUGCUAGAAAAAUAUAGACACAUCUCACACAUUUGAAUCCUUAAUAUCAUUGAAGUAUUUGCAGAGAUUGACGCACACAAGGUGUGUGUGUGUGUGUGUGAUAAACAAGUGUUGAUAAAAAUGGCCAAGUUGAUCAAUUAAAGAGAAUCCCAUUUUGCAUUUUCAAGAGAUUGAUUGAUUCUAAUAUAGGGGGUUGAGUUUGACGGAAGAGGUUAAUCUGAAACAAUAUGAUAAACUAAAAAUUGAAACUCCGGUGAAAGAGACAUUUAUGUUUAGUGUCCCACAAUGUUGGACACUAGGAGUAGGAUAUUCUCUGGUAGGAAAACUUUUCUUACCAAAGAACAAAAAUAACAAAAGAGAAUUACUCCAAUGCUUGUGUUAAGAGCUCCUUAACAUGUUUGGAAAUAGUUUGACUUGAUUUUUAUGAACAUGAAGCUCUUGAUGAAUGAAAAUUGCAGAUAAUUAGCAUUUGAAUGACUUUUAAUGAAGACUUGAACUUAUUUAUCUAUAUAUUAUCUAUUAAGGGAAAAUAGAAAUGCUCCUAUAAUUGUAGGAUUGAGUGAUUACAUUUUGCUAUGAAUUCAUGCUUCAUUUAUGGUUGCAUCUUGCUUUAGGAAAAGCUGCAAUAAAUGUUAUUUACCUGCCAAAAUUCUGAAGUACUUGGAGAUAAAGAUGCUUGAGGAAUGGCAUCAAAUCAUUUCUUAAACUAUGAAGGAAUAUAUAACAAUAUUCACCAACCUGGUCUCAUCAUUGCGGGGUGUUCUGUGCUUGUAGCUCUAGUGCUCUCCCUUUUUCUCAUUUUUCAACAUCUUCGAUCAUAUACCAAUCCUUCGGAACAAAAGUGGAUUGUUGCAGUCAUUUCUAUGGUCCCGAUCUAUGCUACCGAGUCUAUUAUUUCUUUGUGGAAUCCAAGAUUAUCUCUUGCUUGUGACAUUUUAAGAAACUACUAUGAAGCCUUUGCUCUAUAUUCUUUUGGAAGAUAUCUGAUAGCCUGUCUUGGUGGUGAAAGAAGGGUUGUAGAACUACUCGAAGAUGAAUCUGAAGAACACCUCAAAAAGCCCUUGUUGCAUAGUUCAGACGAGAAUAAUGGCAUGGAACAUAGAUCGUUUUGCAACUUCUUUUGGCAUCCAUGCAAGCUUGGAAAAGAUCUUCUUUCUAUUGAAAAAUUCGGUCUUGUCCAAUAUAUGAUCCUGAAGACUGUUUGUGCAUUCUUAGCAAUUAUACUGGAACAUUUUGGCGUUUAUGGUGAUGGUGAAUUCAAAUGGUACUACGGGUAUCCAUAUAUAGCAGUAGUAUUGAAUUUCAGCCAAAUGUGGGCACUUUACUGUCUUGUGCAGUUCUAUAAGGUUACUCAUGAGAGGCUUCAACCAAUAAAGCCACUUGCAAAGUUCAUCAGUUUUAAGGCUAUAGUGUUUGCUACUUGGUGGCAAGGUGUAGGCAUUGUGCUAUUGUGUACAUUUAGAGUGCUACCCAAUGAAGGAAAAUUGCAAACUGGCCUGCAGGAUUUCUUAAUCUGUAUAGAGAUGGCCAUUGCAGCUGUUGCUCAUGUAUUUGUAUUUUCUGCAAAACCAUAUCAUUUUCUUCCAGCUUCUUAUGCACAUGGUAAAGUCACAAAGGAAACAUUAGAAGCAAGGUUGGAGAUAGAUGAAGAGGGGGAGAAGAAACCAGCUGUGGUUAAAGAGACAACAACUCAAGUGGAGGCUCCAAGAACAAGUGUCACAGAGAGCGUCCAAGAUAUAGUUGUUGAAGGCGGUCAACGAGUUGUCAAGGAUGUUGUACUGACAAUAAAUCAAGCGAUAGAGCCGGUGGAAAAGGGAGUGACUAAAAUUCAGCAGACUUUCCAUCACAAAACAGUAGUUUCAUCAGAUGACGAGGAAGAAGAAACAGAUGUAGCAAUUGAGACAAAUGUCACAGAAAAUCUCACAGGGAAAGAGAAUGAAUUUGCAAUGGUGUAAAGAAUUAUAAGGAUGAAAGAAGGAGAAACUAGAAGAGGUUGCCUUUGUUUAUACAUGGGAAAUUUCAUGCAAAUGCUGAUGCAGCUUCAUAUGCCAAUUCCCAGUCAAUAUGACUAGUGUUAGAAUAGAUUGUAUAAUUAUAUCAUUUAUCUGGCUUAGAGGGACAAGGAAAAGGGAUGGGGUAUUUUCGUCCAUUUUCUCUCAUACCAACACAGAUUAUAAAAUGACAGUAGAGGUCCUUUAAAUUUGUUUAGUUUUAAACAAACAUUCAUUGUGAUUUUAUUUUUCUAAAUGUAAAAUAAGUAGAGAUCAUUGCAAAA